GGACACUUUUUUGGAGACUUUUGCUUUUCAUAAAACGCGUCAGGUUAAACUUUUUUAUUUUUUUAUGAUCUGUUGUUGUUCCCAUGGCCGUCACGUGACUUGACCGCGGGACCCACCUUUUAAUAUCGACCUUUUUCAUGUUUUUACAAAAAUUAUUCAUCCAAAUUCUGCAAUAUUUUUAGAGAUUAUUGGACUGUUAACAAUGCCGAUAUUUUUCUGAGACUUUAAAGAUUCAGAGUCGUUUUGACUUUGCAACCUCCUUGUCAAACACUACUUGGUAAAACCAGUUUUUCUCUCUGAGGGAAAAUGCCGUCAAAUAAAUCUGUGUCUGACGCCCCCAUCUGUCAGUUUGUGAACUGCAGGAUCCUGAGAGACCACAAACUGCAGAGAGAGGACCUGUGGGUUCGUGAGGGUCAGAUCUUGGACCCAGAAAAGUUGUUUUUUGAUGAAAAAGGAUUUGCAGAUAAACAAGUCGACUGUGAAGGCCUCAUCAUCGCACCAGGAUUCAUCGAUGUGCAGAUCAAUGGUGGUUUCGGGGUGGAUUUCUCUCAGCCUUCCUCUGAUGUAGCCUCAGGAGUUCGUCUGGUGGGACACAGGAUCCUGGAACAUGGAGUCACAUCCUUCUGCCCCACUCUGGUCACCUCUCCCCCCUCCGUCUACCACCAGGUUCUGCCUCAGAUCACAGUUCAAAAUGGAGGACAGCACGGAGCUGGAGUCCUGGGCGUGCACGUGGAGGGCCCGUUCAUCAGUGCUCAGAAGAAGGGGGCACAUCCAGAGCAGUACCUCCGGACCUUCUCGUCUCCUGGACUCUCUGACCUCCUGCAGACCUAUGGGACCCUGGAGCCCGUGUGUGUGGUGACCUUGGCCCCAGAGCUGGAGCACAGUACGGGGGUGGUCAGGGAGCUGAGCCAGAGGGGAGUCACGGUGUCCCUGGGUCACUCUGCUGCAAACCUGAGCCAGGCUGAAGACGCAGUUCAGAGCGGAGCCUCGUUCAUCACUCACCUGUUCAAUGCCAUGCUGCCUUUUCACCACAGAGACCCGGGCAUUGUGGGGCUCCUAACCAGUGACCGAGUGCCCCCAGAGCGGACAGUCUUCUAUGGGAUGAUCUCAGACGGCAUCCACACUAACCCAGCAGCACUACGCAUCGCCCACAGAGCGCACCCGAAAGGUAUAGUUUUGGUGACUGAUGCCAUCAUGGCCAUGGGGCUGCCUCCGGGACGCCACACUCUGGGACAGCAGGUCCUGGAGAUCCAGGGACUCCACGCCUACGUCGCAGGCACUAAGACGCUGAGCGGGAGCAUCGCCACCAUGGACAUGUGUGUCCGCCACUUCAGACACGCCUCAGGCUGCAGUGUGGAGGAGGCUCUGGAGGCGGCCUCUCUUCACCCCGCUCAACUCCUCAACCUCAGCCACAGGAAGGGGGCGCUAGACUACGGCUGCGACGCAGACCUGGUGUUACUGGACGACGACCUGAACGUAAAAGCUACGUACAUUUGUGGAGAAGAAGUUUGGAGGAAAAAAACGUGAGCUAAAAUGCCUUAAAUGUGCUGACGACACUAAAGAACAUUCAGGAUCUGUGGUUUUCAGAUUGUGAUGACGUCAUUCUGCCAGAUGGUGGCGAGAGAGAGUAUUUCUUAUUGAUUACAUUUUACUUUGUCUUGAAAUAUCCAAAUGUUAAAUUCGCAAAUUUUGAACCUGAUCAUUUCUGUCUGUUUCAAUCAGACCCACGAACUUUGUAUUACAACACAAAUGCUACAACCGUAUUAAAUUUAUCUGCCCUCAUCUGUAUUAAAUAUUAUUGGCCUGUAGAAUGUGAUGUCAUCUGAGACACGGCCAUUACAACUGUUUACUCUGUACUGUGAAAUUAAUCUUUGCUCUUCCUGAACAUAAGUUUAAUUUUUUUCUUUUAUCGAAUGAUUCAAAUUGUUUAUACGAUGCUUUAUUUUGAUAAUAAAGUUCUAUAAGUUG